CGCGCCGGUCCCCACCGCAUCACAUUUGAAUUUGAAAAAGAACCACCAAAAAACAUCAAUCCAUUGAGAGAGUAGAGAGAGGGAGCAGCAGUAUAAGCAGAAUAACGCUUGUCAACGCGCUCCUGCGUAUUUUCAAAAAACCAAAACCAGAUUUGAAGUUUGAAAACAUUCGCAACCUUAAUAAACCCUAAGCUUACACUAUUCCCAUUCCUCUUCCCUCUCUUCUCUCUCUUUCGGUCUUCCCCCUUUCUCCCUGUCAUCUCCGACUCUGCACAGAUUUACAAACACUCACUCCAUCAUCUUCUCCUCUCCGUCUUUUUUUUUUUUCGCUAAAUUAUUGACCAGAGAACAAUGAGCGAUAAUAUGGAGCCUGGGCAUUCGUCUCAGUUUGUGUUUCCACGAAGAGACGUGACUGUUAUCUGGUCUUCUCAACCUGACGUUUAAUUCACAAUUGAACAUCCAUAGGUUCAAUCACUUUUUAUUUUUCUCAAUUGUCUUUCGCGGAAGUGGAAACCAUCAUGGAAGAUCCGUCUGGUUCGGAAUCUGUAUUGGGUCCACCACUCGUUACGGUGCUUAUUUUUCUUGUUUUUCUUUUCUAGCCGUUGGCGGAGAAGCGAGAUUGUACAGAAUUGGGAGGAAACUCAGAGCUCGCUCCCAAGCGAAUUAAAAUGAGACAUCUCGAAUCACUUUAUCGCUUCGGGGCAAAUUCAAUUAAGGAAAACCAUUAUGCGGAGGAAUCUUUUUUAAGGAAAGAAACCACAGACCGAUUACACCUUGACAUAGAGGAGACAUCCCAAAUCACGCAAGAGCCUUCAACCACAAUUUCAGAUGCAUUCCAGACAAUAACAACAGGAGGAAAUGAGCAUUCUUUCUUAGAGGAAGCCACUCGUUUGAGUUUAGGUAAUGUUAAUGUUGCUCCAAAUUCUUUUGAUCUCAAUGCCAAAGCGCAUGCUGCUAAUAACUCCAUGCAUGGUGAAGCAUUACUACAUGUUGAUGAUAUUAGCAAGCCAUCUUUGCUUGCAAAGCACCAGAAAGAUCAUGGUGGUAAUUUUACAGCUUCAAGAGGCACUGGGUUGGAUCUCAAUGCAACAGAUGUCUCCAGCUCAGUUGAUCAAGAAUCAAUUUUUCCUUAUGAAAUUUAUGGUCAUGUUAAAUCCAGAGAGGCUUCAGAGUGUGGGAGCUCAACCGGGCCUUUGGAGGAAAAUGACUCAUUGAAAUUGUGGAAAGAGAUGAAGCAAAAUGGUUUCCUCUCAUCUUCACAUGGAGGCAUACCGGUGCCUAAGCAGCGUGGGAGGAAAAGUAAAAAUGAUGUGCUCAAGAAAAAAAUGGAGCUUGCAAAGAGGGAACAGGUUAAUAGAUUCACGAAGAUUGCGGCCCCUAGUGGGUUACUCAAUGAAUUGAACCCUGGGAUCAUUAACCAUGUGAGGAAUAGUAAACAGGUCCAUUCUAUAAUUGAGGCCCUAGUCAGAUCUGAAAAGCUUGAAAAUGGUCACAUUCAAAGAAGAUCAGAAAGCCAUUUAAAAAGAGGAAAGGAAAUAAAUGAUAGAAAGAAAGACCCAGAAAAUGUUCAUGAUUCAGGAAUUAGUCAACCUAAUCAUUCUCAUGAAAAUGAACCUUCAAAUACCAUAUCAGGAAGUAGGCAGCCUCCUUUAUCCUUGGAUAAACAAACUGUUUCUUUGAGUUCAGAUCAUAAAGUUGGACAUGAUGAAACAUAUGUAGUGGAGAGAAAGAUUCAUGACAAAAUUUCAGGUGCUUUGAACUUCACCUCUGAAUGUGCUGAUAGUGCUCUUACAAUUAAAUUGUCAUCAGCUACAAAUGUUGCAUCAGAAGAUAACAGCUCUGUGUCUAAUGAGGAGCCGGUGAAUCAAGCGAGUGUUUCUUCUCUUUCUGUAAAAGCUGCCACAGUAGCUUCUCAGUGGUUGGAACUUCUUUAUCAAGACAUCAGAGGACGUCUAGCAGCAUUGCGGCGCAGUAGGAAGAGAGUUCGGGCUGUGAUUCAGACAGAACUGCCUUUUCUAAUGUCAAAAGAGUUCUCUUCUAACAAUGAAAAUGAUCCAUAUUUGAGGCAGUCAUCCACUGAUGGACAUCCCAACAUUGCAAGUCUAGAGAUGCAUCAAGCAAAGUGGACUGCCUUGUUUGAUCAAAUGGAAAAUGCACUGGCUGAAGAGGGGAAACAUUUGGAACACUGGUUGUAUCAAGUCAAAGAGAUGCAAUUGCAUUGUGAACAGGGUCUACAAUGUGUAAACUGGUUUACAGCAAAUGGUUUGCCACAAGUCGGUGGAUCAGAUAUUGAAUCUAGAUUAAGAAAAGCAGACUACUCAGAGAGGGAAUUAGCCAUAAGGGCAGCAGCAGCUUCCAUUUACUCCACUUGCAACUUUGUCAUGUCUACAGAAAAUGUGUCCUGUUUCUAAACUUGUCCAAAAUCCAAAUCCUCCACAAAUCAGGUUAAUUUCUAAAUUAAUUGGAUCAUUUCCUAGUAUUAGUCUCACUAAUUUCAAUUGUGCAUUUAUUAUUAGUCAACGAAAUAGUGAUUCAGGUUUGCUUUGGUGUAACAUUAGAAGCUAUAAUUGAUAAUUUGUGUUUCGAGUUUUAUUGAAAGUCAGAUUUUCAGCAUUGACCAGCACGGGGAGAUUAUCAGUGUUAUUGGAAUUUUAAUUGUCAAAUAAAAAAGAUUAUGGAAUAUGUGAAUUAUCAAAGUAUGAAGUUCCAGUUA